GCUGCUAGCUCUGGCUAAUCUCUUCGAUUCCACCUGUUUUCACUCCUCUUCGUCGACCCCACAAAUUACUAAUGGCGCGGUCAUCUUCUCCUCUCGUCAACAAGGCUUCGCCCAUCGAGCAGCGCCGCCUGCUCCGCGCUCGACGUUCAUCAAAGCGUGUCACCGCUUUGAGCCCGGAGGCGCUCCUUGAUGCCACCCUCCCUGGCGCCGAGCAACCUGUGCCGGUGGUGCAGCAGGAUGCCGCCACGGCUCCGAAGCGAGAUGCUACUCUCUCAGAUGAGACCCUGGCGGUUCACGCCGGGGAGAAGAUGGGGAAGAACGGCGCCAUGGACACUGACUCGAUCGCGACACCUAUUGUGAGCGGCACGACGCACUGGUUCAAGAGCUCGGGCGACCUCAUCGCGUUCAAGGAAGGCCGGCGCCACAGCUUCGAGUACGGCCGCUACGGCAACCCCACUGUGAAGGUCCUAGAGGACAAGAUCAGUGCACUGGAGAGGGCCGAGUCGACGCUUGUCACGUCCUCGGGAAUGAACGCCAUCGUUGCCACGCUGCUUGCGCUCGUACUGCCCGGUGCCGGCCACGUGGUGACCACGACUGAGUGCUACAGCGAGGCACGCGCCUUCAUCCGCGACAAGCUCUCCAAGAUGGGCAUCAAGGUGACAUUCAUCGAGCUGAACGACAUGGACACGCUCAAGGCCGUUCUUGACCAUGGCGACGUGACACUCUUCUACACUGACUGUCCGACGAACCCCCACCUCAAGUGCAUCGACAUUAAGCUCGUCGCGGAGCUGUGUCACCGCAAAGGGGCUCUAGUGUGCAUCGACAGCACCCUCGCCUCGCCCAUCAAUCAGAAGCCGCUCACCCUCGGGGCUGACAUCGUCGUGCACUCUGCCACAAAGUACAUUGCCGGCCAUCACGACGUCAUUGCAGGAUGCAUCAGUGGCUCGGAUGCGCUCAUCUCUAGGAUCCGUGCGUGGCAUCACGACCUCGGCGGCGCCAUUAGUCCGGACGCAGCCUACAUGAUCAUACGCGGCCUCAAGACGAUGGUGCUUCGCGUGGAAACACAAAACAGCACUGCAUUGCGCAUGGCGCGCUUGCUCGAGAACCAUCCCAAGAUUGAGCGGGUGUACUACCCUGGACUCAUCAGCAGCCCAUGGCACCACAUCGCCAACAGCCAGAUGACCGGUUGCGGUGGCGUCAUCAGCUUCAAGGUGGCGUCAGACCUGCACGGCGUCAUGAGGUUCAUCGACGCAUUGGAGAUACCCUUCAUUGCAACCUCUCUUGGCGGGUGUGAGAGCCUCGUGCAACAGCCGGCGGUCAUGUCCUUCUGGGGGGAGAAUGAUGAGGAGAAGGCCAAGAAUGGGAUCAAGGACAACUUGGUGAGGUUUAGCUUCGGGGUUGAGAAGUUUGAGGAUCUCAGGGAUGACAUUCUCCAAGCCCUAGAGAAGAUUUAGGAUUAUUCUUGAUCCUAAUUAAUAGUGUAACAAUUUUGACAAGCUAGCUUUAUAGAAACCCUUUUUGUGCAUAUGGUAGGUAGUCAAUUUGUGCUGAAAUCCUAAGCAAUGGUAAUUAGUAUGUAUUCUUUUAUUUCUUGAAUGAAAAACAUCAAAUUUGAUGAUAAGAAAUAUGUGCUUCGGGGUGGCGGGGCCAUAUGUAAUUGAAAGAAGUUCAGAUAGUACAAAACGUUCCAUCCUGAUUCACUA